CGGUAGCGCAGCCGCCGCCCGCCAGGUUCUCGCGAGUAUGUUAAUUCCGCAUAUACCGUGCGGUUCCGUUCAGUAUCUGUACGAGUUGCAGCGAACCGGGUGAGCUAUGGAUGUAAUCCGCAUUUCUUCGGCGUUCAUUCUUUUGACGCUUUGGAGUGGAGCCCAGGCGGAGCAGUUUGAUUUUAACGCGGCACUCGUAAAAUCACCUGUUCGUGCGCAAGAGGUGCUACAGACCAAGACAAAUCUAUGGAUACCCGCUGGACAGGCGGGCUUUCCUUCACAAGAGCAGUUGAGACCAAGGACUGAACUAUGGACAGCUGCUGGACUGGUGGAUGAUCUUUCGCUGGGCGCUGCGCCGGAGGCCCAGCUUAAGGUCGUUUACGGGAGUAUUCCAGUGACUAUAAACGGCACGCUAACGCCCCAGCAGACAGCUGAAAUGCCCGAGGUUGCUCUGGUGGGCGCCAUAAACUGCGUGCCACCGUUCGCGCUGCUCAUGUUGGACCCGGACGCACCAAGCCGCCAAUAUCCUGGCCUGCGCAGCUGGUUGCACUGGAUGGUGAUCAACGCCAACACCACGCGGAAACUGCACAAGGGUGAACAGGCAGUAGAGUAUAACGGUCCAACUCCUCCCGAAGGAACGGGCCCUCAUCGAUACGUCUUUUUAGCCUUCUGUCAAAGAGGAAAGCGUCUGAAGGUCACGAAAUUGAAGACUCAGAGACGAAAAAAAUUUUGGCUGAAGGCGUUCUGCAGGAAAAUCGGCGACACUGUGCCGUUCGGUGGCACCUUCUUCUACGCUGAGAACGUGGGAAGGCUCAGGCGUUCUCCCGUGCGGUUUACGUGACAGCUGUAAAAUAAAACUCUCAAGGAGCGAAGGUCGUUCCCACAGAGUAGCAA